AUGGAAAUACUAGAAGGAUGUCUACUUCCAUUUGCUCAGGAUCACAUGGCUCCUGGAUGGUUUCUCUACCAGGACAAUUCGCCGGUCCACAAGAGCAAGCUCAUGAUGGGUCGCACGGUGAAUCUCUCAAAUGGAGGAAAAGCUCAUCUCCCUGGAUGUUUUGUCCUUAAUAAUGUUUUGUUGGUCAAGGUGCCCCCUAUGUCGCCUGAUUUAAACGUUAUUGAGAAUUUAUGGGCUUACGUGAAGGCAAAGUUACGAGGAAAAGACUUUCACACAAAAGUUGACUUCUGGUUCUACAUACGAAAAGUUUGGAGCACCAUUCGCCCAGCAAUUCUUCACGAAUUAGUCGACUCAGUACCUAAACGACUUAAUGAAAUGAUUUUGGCAAAAGGUGGACCGAUUGAAUAU